GCAACUCAUAAACCCUAGUUUCCUUCUCGUGCCAGCCAGUGCUACCUGAAAUCGCAGUCGCAGCGUGCCAAGCUCGGUCGUUCUAGAUCCGAAGCUGCAAUGGGGAUCGAUCUUAAAGCCGGAGGUAAGAGCAAGAAGACGAAAAGAACAGCACCCAAGUCCAAUGAUAUCUAUCUCAAGCUCUUGGUCAAGCUUUAUCGCUUCCUUGUUCGGAGAACUGGCAGCAAAUUCAAUGCUGUAAUACUUAAGCGCUUGUUCAUGAGCAAGGUUAACAAGCCUCCACUAUCUUUGUCAAGGUUGAUUAAGUAUACCAAGGGGAAGGAAGAUAAGAUUUCCGUGGUGGUGGGGGCUAUAACUGAUGAUAUACGUGUUCAUGAAGUUCCACCCCUAAAAGUUACAGCUCUCAGGUUUACAGAGACAGCUCGAGCAAGAAUAGAGAAGGCAGGUGGUGAAUGCUUGACCUUUGAUCAGUUGGCUCUUAGGGCCCCUCUGGGACAGAACACGGUCCUUCUUAGAGGCCCAAAGAAUGCUCGUGAAGCUGUGAAGCACUUUGGUCCUGCUCCUGGUGUGCCACACAGCCAUACCAAGCCUUAUGUGCGAUCUAAGGGAAGGAAGUACGAGAUGGCUAGAGGAAGAAGAAACAGUCGAGGAUUUAGGGUUUGAUGUGAUAAUAGUGCCCUAUUUAUUUGCUGGUAUUUUAUUUCUAAAAUUCAGAUUUUUCCCAUAUCAUAGACACUGAAGGCAGCAGUUUUCGUAUUAUUUCUGUUCUGAUAACGAUAAUUAGUAUGGAGUUUUGUUCUUGGAUUCUUAUUCUUCAAGUGUUUUGUGAAACUCACUUUGAUCUCAGUUUUGAUGCUAGAGAAUGCCUAAUCGUUAAU